GAUCAACGUGGGCGCCCAAGUCUUGCUGUUUCGCGUACCAGGACGGGCGCUGGCAUCUCCGGCUGGGAACGGGAACUCGGCCAUUUUGUCACUGACCGACAACCCCGCAAUACCUUGUUUGGCAGUAUUUGGCUCCCAAUCUUCCCCGUCUUGCUCCUCCCAUCCCCUUCUCCCCCGCUCUCGACGGGGCCCGCGAGGUGGUCUAUCCUCCGCUACACUGGAACGUCUCCGUUUCGAUACCCCAACUGGCCCGGAAGACCCUCGCUUCUUGCGCAAUGUUGCCGCUCCAGUCAAUCGAGGCAUCACCCCCGUCACACCGUACCGAGGAGAAUGGGGAAACUCGGCAGCAAAAGCCCAAGGUGCUGCCGUGCAAAUAUUGCAGCAAGCGCUUCAGACGCGUGGAGCAUGUCCAGAGACACGAAAGAACCCAUACCAAGGAAAAGCCCUUUGCCUGUCUCUGGCCUCGUUGUGGGAAGACCUUUGGGCGACGGGACUUACUUGUCCGCCAUGAGAAGCUGGUCCAUCUCAACGAAGGCAGCGGCAAUAAGGAUGGCACCCGGUCACGAAAACUCUCCUCGGCAGGAGUUGCUCCUGGCCCAGCCGAGGCCCAGGUCGACACCGAAAUGCUCGGCAUGCCGCAGCAGCAACAUCAGCAGCAACGGCAACAACAACAACAACAGCAACAACAGAAGCCACGGCUGGUGCACGAUCAGUACCGGACGGACCACGUUCAGCAAUCUGUAAUGUCAUCGCUACCGCCCGACUCGCGCCUUUCCGCACGGGCACCCGCCUGCAAUCUCGAUCUCCUCUCGGAUGCUGCUACCCAUCUCGCGUCCGGUGGGGAGGUCAACAGCAUGCAACCGAACAUGAUGCAAGGGCUCGCUCCGCCGCCGGCAGACUUGGGGCCGGUCAAGGCGUACCAAGACGCGAUGCCGUACGGAGACCGACCGCGAGACCAAGAUCCCGGGGCGUUGGCACCGGGCUAUCCAACGCAGCCACCACCUCCGGUCUUUGACGACUAUAACUUGUUCCUCGAUGAUUAUGCAACCUCUUCUCACUUCCUGCCGCCAUCGCUCGAAGCUGAGCAGGGUUUCGGUAUGUGGUCGCGCCCCUCUGCAGCUGAACUGGGGCGAGGCCUGUCGAAGCCUCCUUCUGCGUUUCCGUCUAGGUUUCCCUCUCUUGCCCCCGAUAUGCGCGAUCCGAACGGAGAAUCGUCAAGAAUUCACGAAGAUGGGACACGAGCGCCGAUCUGGAGGAUAUCAGCAACGGACCACACGGUCAUUAGGAACCGGUUGGACGAGUUCUCCUCAGCCCUGCCUAGCGACUUUGUGUUCCCUUCGCGACACACAUUGAGCAGGUUCCUCGAAGGCUAUAUCAGUGGCUUCCACGAGAACCUCCCCAUCCUCCACUUGCCCACACUGUCUCCGACCGACCUGUCGCCCGAGCUGUUGUUGGCGAUUCUGGCUGUAGGCGCGCAAUACCGUUUUGAAACGAACCGUGGUCAUGCACUGUGGUAUGCUGCAAAAGCUGUAGCACUCGAGCAAAUUCGACGACGGCAUAGUCACGAGGUCCACGGGCUGCUGCCCACGCCAGCCGCCUACAGCCCGCACUCCACACGCCCGUCCCCCAGCGCUGGGUUCCGACAUUCUUUCCCUUCCGUACAUCAAGACCGCCCGAUGACACAGGACACCCACCGCGAGCCAUAUUCCGCAAACACACCCCAGUCGCGGCUCGAGACCAUCCAAGCCCUCCUCCUUCUUUUUGCCGUCGGCCUCUGGGGAGCCAAGGCCAUCCUUCACGAGGCGCUAUCCCUGCAAAGCUUGCUUGCGCUUUUAUUGCGCGAAGAGGGCUUGAGUGCGGAAGCUAACCAGCAAACCACCGACUGGGAAACGUGGAUCCGGUUCGAGGCAAGCACACGAACCAAGCUCGUUGCCUACUGCUUCUUCAACCUCUGCAGCAUCGCGUACAAUACGCCGCCGCUGCUCCUGACGUCCGAGGUUAACCUGUGUUUGCCGAGUCCCUCACGGCUCUGGAGGGCUGAGAAUGCCUGGCAAUGGCAAGAAGCCAGGCAGUCACAUCCCAAUACCGAGGUCUCGCUGCAAGAAGCCUUUGCAAGGCUACUCCACCGCCCUCCGCAGCCCCCUACGCCCCCGCUUACAUCGCUGGGCAGCUACGUUCUUAUUCACGCCUUGAUCCAACACAUCUUCCUGUUGAAGCAGACCUCUUUCUCCAGCAUGACGCCGUUUGGGAUACAAAGGGGGCUGAAAAUGGAGGACGUGGAAGAUAUCAAUCAGGCUCUCCGCGCGUGGAGUGUUAGCUUUGAGCAGCACCGCCAGCUUCGGGCUAAUGAGCUAGCGGCACAUGGAGCUGGGGAGACCUACGCAGAAGGAGCGGUAGCGUUCAACUCGACAGCGUUGCUAAGGCUGGCGUACAUCAGACUGCACACCGAUCUGAGUCCUAGUCGGAGUCUCGAGACGCGAGACCAUGUCAUGAUUGCGCAGGCGUUUAGCGAUGCCCCGCUACUGGUACGAAGCCCGCGCCUCUGUCGCGCAGUGGUCCAGGCCAUCCACGCCCUGUCGAUGCUCGUCAAGAUGGGAGUGAACUAUGUGGCUAAGACCAAGUCGCUGGAGUGGAGCAUGCAACAUUCUUUGUGCAACUUGGAAUGUGCCGUUCUCCUGUCUAAGUGGCUCCUGACCUUGGCAGCUAUCGGCCCGGCUGAGCCGCCCCCAUCAGCCGAGGAGAAGAAUUUGCUCGAAAUGGUCCGCCGCAUGCUGGACGAGACCGAGUUUGCCGUCCCGAUCGAUCCAUCACUAGCAGGAUCGUCGGGCGCCCAGGGCCAGGGUCACAAUCCUUCACGGUCCACGGAUGCGUCCGUUACGGACAGCACCAAACUCAGACAGCUGGCCUGUGCGGUUAUCCGGCUGUGGGCGGAGACCUUCAAAGGCGCCCACAUUUUUGAGAUUGUGCGAAUCAUUGCGGCGGGUCUGGAAGGGUACGCGGAUAUGAUGGAGAAGCCAAGGGAUAGGACACCCCUCGGCAGAAUGGUGCCGAACCAGGGGCUCGGUUGAGCGCCGGCCGGGCCCAUGAUGGACCUUGAUAAUUGAUACCCGUUGUUUCACAACGGAGCAAGACUGUCCGCGCCCAUGCCGCUGGCAUACUGUUCUUCCCCAACGGUGCCCCCCACCAAUUAGCGC